CAGAGGGGGCGGUGCCGUGCAUGACGUCACCCUGGGAGAGGAAGAGAGUCAUGUGACCGAGAGAGGAAGCCAGUCCCGGGAGAGAGUGGAUGCGCAGGUGGCAGCGCUGCCGGUGGCUUCCUGUAUGUGGAUCCCCCAUCACUUCCCGGGAGCUGGGAUCACUGAGGAGGAAGAGCCGAGAGACAGUCUCCAGUGAGAGUGCUCUGAGCGGGGAGACAUGAGAAUAGACUGCAGCUAUUGACCAGCGAUCACAUCACACUAGCAUACACAAAUGUCUGGAGGAGGAUCAUCUUCCACAUCACGAUCCAAACACAGAGCUCCAAAUGGCCGUGCGGUCCAGUAUGACCAAGUGCCGGUUGAGUCGCGUGAAACAAGAAGUAAUCUGCAGGCAUUACAGGAAUGUGAGUUGGCUUUGAGUGCAGACCCAUUGCCACCUCCUCCCUUGCCACUCAAUCCACCAUUUGGGCCAGAGUUCUUUCCAAGUGACAGUGAGGAACCAGUCACUUCUCUUGAACUUAGACCUGUACGACGUUUUAUUCCACAUUCCUGGAAAAACAUUUUUAAGAGUAAAAAAGAGACUGGAUGGGAAGAGCCCAUAUCUGAAAUCAACUACAUUUCUGGGGGAGAACGUUGUUCACCUCCUUGUUCUCCAUCCCUUCCUUCUUCUGGAACUCAUGAGAAAAGCUCAGUCAUGAACGCAAAGGUGGCUGGAAGCUCAAACAGAGACCCAUAUGGAGAAUCUGAUGGGAGCUACAACUCGAGGAAAGAAGUUGAUGCUGAUGACCCAUACACCUCUCUCGGUCGCCAGACCCAAACUGUUAAAACAUAUAGUGAGAUGGUAGAAGAGUACAACUUACGAUACUCCUAUAUGAAGUCCUGGCCAGGAUUGCUGAGAAUACUAGGGGUGGUGGAACUCUUACUUGGAGCUGGUGUCUUCGCCUGCGUUACAGCUUAUAUCCACAAAGACAAUGAAUGGUACAAUAUGUUUGGUUAUUCUCAGCCAUAUUCCUACGCUUCUAGUCUACAAGGGGGGUAUUACUAUAGUGGACCCAAGACUCCCUUUGUGCUUGUGGUGGCAGGCUUGGCAUGGCUGGUUACUAUAAUCCUCCUGGUCCUUGGCAUGUCCAUGUACUACAGGACAAUUCUCCUGGAUUCUAACUGGUGGCCUUUAACGGAGUUUGGAAUUAAUAUUUGCUUGUUUGUUCUGUAUAUGGCGGGAGCAAUAGUGUAUGUUAACGACACCAACAGAGGAGGACUAUGCUACUAUUCUCUCUUCAACAACCCCAUAUACGCCACAUUCUGUCGUGUGGAAGGAGGGCAGACCGCGGCCAUAAUCUUCUUGUUUGUCACCAUGUUAGUCUAUCUCAUUAGUGCCCUGGUUUCUUUGAAACUCUGGCGACAUGAGAGUGCUCGGAAGAGAAGGCAAUAUAUUGAGCGUGAGAUGAAGUCGCAAGAUUCGCUUGAUUUUCCACAUAAAAUUAUGUGUGACGCUUCUGCUGGUAAUGACCAUUUAGUGACCGAUGUUCCAGGAAGGCACAGAGCUAACCAGCUAGCGGAGAUGAGACCUGAACUCGUAAGCGGAUACAUUCCAGCAGGACAUAUUCCAAAGCCCAUUGUCAUGCCAGACUAUGUGGCGAAAUACCAAGCAAUAAAAUCGGAUGAUGAGCGAGAUCGAUAUAAAGCUGUGUUUAAUGACCAGUAUUCGGAGUACAAAGAACUAUCGGCUGAGGUGCAGGCAGUAUUGAAAAAGUUCAGUGAACUGGAUGCAGUGAUGAGAAAGUUACCCAGAAACCCAGGCAACGAAUAUGAAUAUGAACGGAUUUCAAAGGUUUUGCAGGAAUAUCAAAGGAAGAAGAAUGAUCCAACAUUUUUGGAGAAGAAGGAACGCUGCGAGUACUUAAAGAACAAGCUUUCUCACAUCAAGCAGAGAAUUCAGGAGUAUGACAAAGUCAUGACCUGGAAUGAUGGACUUAAUUAGUUCUUGAAGGAUUUAUUUCUGUAACUAGUGGUACUAUUUCAUAGGCGCUGUUCACAUCUACCUUGUGGCUUCUGUUGAUAAUGAAAGCCAUAAUAUAGGGCUGAUGACAAAGGUGCCCGACAGUACCUGUUGAUUUAUAAUGGGGGGUCCAUCAGGUUCUGCAUACACCACUAUUUUUCUGUCUAAUCUGAAGCAGUUUGCACUUGGGGCUAUGGACAGCCUCAGAUAUGACCAGUGCCUUAAGGUGUCCAUUGUCCUUAGAUAUCCAUCAGCUGAACACUCAGACGACAGCAUUUUCUCCCAACCCCCAUCCCCAUUCACAUGCAUGGACAGUUUAGCUGUGCAUUCUUGUGUUGUCUUUGGGAAUGAGGGUAAUAAGAUGCAGCUAGAUUAUUCUGGUGGUGGCUUAUUUUUCUUGAGAUCAGGCAUAUUGAAACUCAACAUGCCCAUUUCUUCCCCCCCCCCCCCCCCAAAUGGCUGCCAUCAGGGGAGAGUUUGGGCACCCCCAUACACUUAGACAUUUGGCCGGUACUGCUGAACAUGGCGGGAUGGGCCAACAUUCAUCUGAUAUGUAUAGCCACCUUUACUCUCACAAUCGGGCGGUUAUCCAGGAACAGAUAAUGAUGACCUAUCCUCGGGGGUCCGAGUCCAGGCAUCCCCACUGAUCCGCUGUUUCAGGGACCCAUUGUGCUCACCGGAGCUUUAGGCAGCUUUCCAAGCACAUAGGGGUCAUUUACUAAUCUUAAAUAUGCCUAAAUUAGGCGGAUUUCAGGGGUAGAUGGCGGCGCAACACUUGGUCUAAUUCAUCAUUUUCUUCUCCUGUCUUAAUAGUAGAAAAUCGUCUAAAUGUAACAUUUAAAACUGGCACUGGAUGCUCCAAAGUUACGGAGAGGCCGGCGUCUCUUCAUAACUUCAACGGAACCACCGGCAGCUAUAGGCCUUUAUUAAGACCAGUGUCUAAAACGCCGGUCUUAAUAAAUGUGCCCCAAAGUCUUUACUGGGGCUGAAUGGCAACUUGGCCAUGUGACCAACGUAUGGUGAUGUCACAUAGUCUAGGAAGAGGCCGUGGCGCUCACGGAGUGCCAGCCGCUCCUAACAGCUGAUUGGCGGCUGUCAGACCCCCGCUGAUCUGAUGUUGAUGACCUAUCCACAGGAAAGGCAUCAAUAUAAAUUACCGGAUAACCCCUUUAAACUUUGCAUCAUAUUUUAAAUAUUGUAAAUAUUUUAUUGUGAAGUUUGUUAGAUAUUAGUUAUGUGAAGAGCGGUACAUGCACAGGGAGUCCUUGCAAUGUGGGCAAUGCAGAAGAAAAAUGUAUAUUUUUGUAUUUUUCUUAUUUCAUUAUG